UCGGCAACUACGUGUGGCAUAAAUGGCGAUGGUUUUUGUAUCCAUCGUUUAGGCCACAACUUAGUCUUCGAUUUCGCAUUGGCCCAUUAACUAGGCCAACUUAAAGGAGAACUCGAUGAUGUUGAUUGGAUUGGAUUUUUCUUUUGUUGCAUGUUGUUGAGCAAUUGAUGGGGGCAACUGGCAAGAGAUUGUACUUCAAUAACCGAUCAAAGAAAUGCCCUAAUUUGUGGGGAAUUUCCUUAGAUUUGUUGAGGCAAAGCGUCGAACAGUUGGGCGACAAUUCCGACCCAGUUUUCAGGGUUUUGGGUGCGAAUCCUUUAUACUCCACAAUUGUAAAGCUCGGGUACUCGAAAAAGUAUUGUAAAGUUUGGAUAUAGGUACCCGGAGUAAGAUAAUCAACCACUUCAUCACGAAAAGUCAUAAGCAGCUAAUUAAUGACACAAUUACUGCUCUAAUGUAGGUGCACCGUGCCGGUGCAGUAGAUGAUGGUACUCCGUUAGGUUUCGGCUGCUUCUGUGCAAAUAAGCAACCGAUUUGAAAGAUGAGGCCGAAGAUUUAUCUUUUCGGCGAUUCAAUUACAGAAUUUUCUUUUGCUGAUGGGGGCUGGGGCGCCGCUCUUGCCCAUCAUUUCUCUCGCAGGGUCGAUGUGGUGGUGAGAGGGUACAGCGGCUACAAUACGAGAUGGGCGCUCAAGGUGCUGGAACGAGUCUUCCCUGAAUAUUGCGACGGCGGAGGCGACGGUGCGCCGCUUGCCGUGACGGUGUUCUUUGGAGCUAAUGACGCUUGCCUUCCAGAUGGAUAUGGCGCCUUCCAACACGUGCCCCUCCAUGAAUACAAGCAAAACCUCAAUUCCAUCGUCUCCUUUUUCAAGAAGAAAUGGCCAGCAACCCGAAUUCUACUUAUCACUCCUCCUCCUAUUGAUGAAGAAGGGCGCCUACUAAACCCUUAUAUUAAAAAUCCAUCAAAUGAGCCUGAGAGGACUAACAAUGCAGCUGGUGAUUAUGCCAAGGCUUGCAUUGCUGUUGCUACAGAAUGUGGGGUUCCUGUGAUUGAUAUUUGGACUAAGAUGCAGCAAAUUCCUGGCUGGGAAAAGGCUUGUUUAAGUGAUGGGCUGCACCUGACUGAAAAUGGCAAUAGGGUCGUUUUCAAGGAAGUCAUCCAGAAGCUGAGAGAAGAAGGAUUGAGUUCAGAAACGCUACCUGCUGAUCUCCCACUUUUUUCAGAAAUAGACUUCAAUGAUCCUCUCAAAGCUUUUGAAAAAUUAUGAUACCAUCUUCACUAUUGGUGCUGCCCAACCUGGGUUGGUCGAAAUCUCAAGUUAAUCAGUUGGCUCAAACUGAGGAUGUUCUUAAAGAGUGGCUCAAUUUCUUAUCACAAACCUAUAAGACCGAAGAAUGAAAAAAUUCAUCUACAAAUGAUUUCCAUUGUUUAGAAUAAUAAUAAACUUAUGCUGGAUCAUGCCCGUUUGCAAGUAUAAAUUGUAUGGAUCAAUUAGAUUGCAUGUUAUGUAUGGAAUUUCUUGGAGUUGUGACCUUUAGGUCAACAAAUGAGAUAGAUCUUAACGACUCUGUACUUUAAAA